AGGCAAGGUUCCUGACGGCGAGGACAAGGUUCCUGACGGUGAGGACAAGGUUCCUGACGCUGAGGAGAAGGUUCCUGACAGUGAGGACAAGGUUCUUGAUGGUGAGGACAAGGUUUCUGACGCUGAGGACAAGGUUUCUGACACUGACGACAAGGUUCCUGAGGGUGAAUACAAGGUUCCUGACGCUGAGGACAAGGUUCUUGACAGUGACGACAACGUUCCUGACGCUGAGGAGAAGGUUCCUGACGGUGAGGACAAGGUUCCUGAGGCGGAGGACAAUAUUCCUGACCGUGAGGACAAGGUUCUUCACGGUGACGACAAGGUUCCUGACGGUGAGGACAUGGUUCCUGACAUUAACGACAAGGUUCCUGACAGUGAGGACAGGGUUCCUGACGCUGAGGACAAAGUUCCUGACAUUGAUGACAAGGUUCCUGACGGUGAGCACAAGGUUCCUGACGGUGAGAACAAGGUUCCUGACGCUGAGUACAAGGUUUCUAACGAUGAGGACAAGGUUCCUGACAUUGAGGACAAGGUUCCUCAGGCUGAGGACAAGGUUCCUGACGCUGAGGACAAGGUUCCUGACGGUGAGGACAAGGUUCCUGACAUGCAUUGAGGACAAGGUUCCUGACGCUGAGGACAAGGUUCUUGACAGUGACGACAACGUUCCUGACGCUGAGGAGAAGGUUCCUGACGGUGAGAACAAGGUUCCUGACGGAUGAGGACAAGGUUCCUGACAGUGAGGACAAGGUUUCUGACGGUGAGGACAAGGUUUCUGACGCUGAGGACAAGGUUCUUGACAGUGAGAACAAGGUUCUUGACUGUGAGGACAAGGUUCCUGACGGUGAGGCCAGGGUUCCUGACAUUAACGACCUGGUUCCUGACAGUGAGGACAGGGUUCCUGACGCUGAGGGCAAAGUUCAUGACAUUGAUGACAAGGUUCCUGACGGUGAGGACAAGGUUCCUGACGGUGAGGACAAGGUUCCUGACGCUGAGUACAAGGGUUCUGACAGUGAGGAGAAGGUCCCUGACGGUGAGGACUAGGUUCCUAACGCUGAGGACAAGGUUCCUGACGCUGAGGACAAGGUCCUGACGGUGAAGGCAAGGUUCCUUACGCAGAGGACAAGGUUCCUGAGGGUGAGAACAAGGUUCCUGACGGUGAGGACAAGGUUCCUGAGGGUGAGGACAAGGUUCCUGACGCUGAGUACAAGGUUUCUGACGGUUAGGACAAUGUUCCUGACAUUGAGAACAAGGUUCCUGACGCUGAGGACAAGGUUUCUGACGCUGAGGACAAGGUUCUUGACAGUGACGACAACGUUCCUGACGCUGAGGAGAAGGUUCCUGACGGUGAAGACAAGGUUCCUGACGGUGAGGACAAGGUUCCUGACGCAGAGGACAAGGUUCCUGACAAUGAUGGCAAGGUUCCUGACAGUGAGGACAAGGUUCCUGAGGGUGAGGACAAGCUUCCUGAUGCUGAGAACCAGGCUCCUGACGGUGAGGAAAAGGUUACUGACGCUGAGGACAAGGUUCUUGACGGUGAGGACAAGGUUCCUGACGCUGAGGAAAAGGGUUUUGACAUUGAGGACAAGGUUCCUGACGCUGACGACAAGUUUUCUGACAGUAACAACAACGUUCCUGACGGUGAGGACAAGGUUCCUGACAAUGAGGACAAGGUUGCUGACGGUGAUGACAAGGUUCCUUACGCAGAUGAGAAGGUUUCUAACUGUGAGGAGGAGGUUCCUGACCCAGAGGACAAGGUUCCUGACAAUGAGGACAAGGUUCCUGACUUUGAAGACAAGGUUCCUUACGCAGAGGACAAGGUUUCUGACGGUGAGGAAAAGGUUCCUGACUUUGAGGACAAGGUUCCUGACGGUGAGGACAAGGUUUCUGACGGUGAGGACAAGGUUCCUGACGGUGAGGACAAGGUUUCUGACGCUGAGGACAAGGUUCCUGACAGUGAGGACAAGGUUCUUGACGGUGAGGACAAGGUUCCUGACGGUGAGGACAAGGUUCCUGACAUUAACGACAAGGUUCCUGACAGUGAGGACAGGGUUCCUGACGCUGAGGACAAAGUUCCUGACAUUUAUGACAAGGUUCCUGACGGUGAGGACAAGGUUCCUGACGGUGAGAAGGUGCCUGACGCUGAGUACAAGGGUUCUGACAGUGAGGAGAAGGUCCCUGACGGUGAGGACUAGGUUCCUAACGCUGAGGACAAGGUUCCUUACGCUGAGGACAAGGUUCCUGAGGGUGAGGACAAGGUUCCUAACGGUGAGGACAAGGUUCCUGACGGUGAGGACAAGGUCCCUGACGGUGAGGACAAGGUUCCUGACGGUGAGGAGAAAGUUCCUGACGCUGAGGACAAGGUUCCUGAUAGCGAGGACAAGGUUUUUGACGGUGAGGAUAAGGUUCCUGACGCUUAGGACAAGGUUUCUGACAUUGAGGACAAGGUUCCUGACGCUGACGACAAGUUUGCUGACACAAUGAGGACAAGGUUCCUAACGCUGAGGACAAGGUUCCUGACAGCGAGGACAAGGUUACUGACGGUGAGGUCAAGGUUCCUGACGGUGAGGACAAGGAUCUUGAAGGUGAGGAGAAGGUUCCUGACGCUGAGCACAAGGUUCUUGACAGUGAGGACAAGGUUCCUGACGCUGACGAGAAGUUUCCUGACAAUGAGGACAAGUUUCCUGAUGCUGAGGACAAGGUCCUGACGGUGAGGACAAGGUUCCUGACGGUGAGAUCAAGGUUCCUGACGGUGAGGACAAGGAUCUUGACGGUGAGGACAAGGUUCCUGACGGUGAGGAGAAGGUUCCUGACGCUGAGGACAAGGUUCCUGACGCUAACGACAAGUUUCCUGACACUGAGAACAAGGUUCUGGACGCUGAGGACAAGGUUCGUGACAGUGAGGACAAGGUUCCUGACGGUGAGGACAAUGUCCCUGACGGUGAGGACAAGGUUCCUGACACUGAGGACAAGCUUCCGGACGCUGAGGACAAGGUUCCUGACAGUGAGCGCAAGGUUGCUGACGGUGAUGAUAAGGUCCCUGACGGUGAGGACAAGGUUCCUGACGCUGCUGACAAGGUUCCUUACGCUGAGGCAAGGUUCCUGACGGCGAGGACAAGGUUCCUGACGGUGAGGACAAGGUUCCUGACGCUGAGGAGAAGGUUCCUGACAGUGAGGACAAGGUUCUUGAUGGUGAGGACAAGGUUUCUGACGCUGAGGACAAGGUUUCUGACACUGACGACAAGGUUCCUGAGGGUGAGGACAAGGUUCCUGACGGUGAGGACAAGGAUCUUGACGGUGAGGACAAGGUUCCUGACGCUGACGACAAGGUUCCUGACACUGAGGACAAGGUUCCUGACGCUGACGACAAGUUUCCUGACACUGAGGACAAGUUUCCUGACGCUGAGGAGAAGGUUCCUGACGGUGAGGACAAGGUUCCUCACUGUGAGGACAAGGUUCCUGACGCUGAGGACAAGAUUCCUGACGCAGAGGACAAGGUUCCGGACAAUGAGGGCAAGGUUCCUGACGGUGAAGACAAGGUUGCUUACGCAGAGGCAAGGUUCCUGACGGCGAGGGCAAGGUUCCUGACGGUGAGGACAAGGUUCCUGACGGUGAGGACAAGGUUCCUGACAUUGAUGACAAGGUUCCUGACGGUGAGCACAAGGUUCCUGACGGUAAGGACAAGGUUCCUGACGCUAAGUACAAGGUUUCUGACGGUGAGGACAAGGUUCCUGACUUGCAUUGAGGACAAGGUUCCUGACGCUGAGGACAAGGUUUUUGACAGUGACGACAACGUUCCUGACGCUGAGGAGAAGGUUCCUGACGGUGAGGACAAGGUUCCUGACGGUGAGAACAAGGUUCCUGACGGUGAGGACAAGGUUUCUGACGCUGAGGACAAGUUUCCUGACGGUGAAGACAAGGUUCCUUACGCAGAGGACAAGGUUCCUGCGGGUGAGGACAAGGUUCCUGACGCUGAGGACAAGAUUUCUGACGCAGAGGACAAGGUUCCUGACAAUGAUGGCAAGGUUCCUGACGGUGAAGACAAGGUUCCUUACGCAGAGGCAAGGUUCCUGACGGCGAGGACAAGGUUCCUGACAGUGAGGACAUGGUUGUUGAGGGUGAGGACAAGGUUUCUGACGCUGAGGACAAGGUUUCUGACACUGACGACAAGGUUCUUGAGGGUGAGGACAAGGUUCCUGACGGUGAGAACAAGGUUCCUGACGGUAAGGACAAGGUCCCUGACGCUGACGACAAGUUUCCUGACACUGAGGACAAAGUUCCUGACGCUGAGGACAAGUUUCCUCACACUGAGGACAAGGUUCCGGACGCUGAGGAGAAGGUUCCUGACGGUGAGGACAAGGUUCCUUACGCAGAGGCAAGGUUCCUGACGCUGAGGACAAGGUUCCUGACAGUGAGGACAAGGUUCUUGAGGGUGAGGACAAGGUUUCUGACGCUGAGGACAAGGUUUCUGACAGUGAGCGCAAGGUUGCUGACUGUGAUGACAAGGUCCCUGACGCUGAGGACAAGGUUCCUGACGCUGAGGACAAGGUUCCUACGCUGAGGAGAAGGUUCCUGACGGUGAAGACAAGGUUCCUGACGGUGAAGACAAGGUUCCUUACGCAGAGGCAAGGUUCCUGACGGCGAGGACAAGGUUCCUGACGGUGAGGACAAGGUUCCUGACGCUGAGGACAAGGUUCCUGACAGUGAGGACAAGGUUCUUCAUGGUGAGGACAAGGUUUCUGACGCUGAUGACAAGGUUUCUGACACUGACGACAAGGUUCCUGAGGGUGAGGACAAGGUUCCUGACGGUGAGGACAAGGAUCUUGACAGUGAGGACAAGGUUCCUGACGCUGACGACAAGUUUCCUGACACUGAGGACAAGUUUCCUGACGCUGAGGACAAGGUUCCUGACGGUGAGGACAAGGUUCCUGACGGUGAAAUCAACGUUCCUGACGGUGAGGACAAGGAUCUUGACGAUGAGGACAAGGUUCCUGACGGUGAGGAGAAGGUUCCUGACGCUGAGGACAAGGUUCCUGACGCUAACGACAAGUUUCCUGACACUGAGGACAAGGUUCCGGACGCCGAGGAGAAGGUUGCUGACGGUGAGAACAAGGUUCCUGACGCUGAGGACAAGGUUCCUGACGGUGAAGACAAGGUUCCUUAUGUAGAGGACAAGGAUCCUGAGGGUGAGGACAAGGUUCCUGACGGUGAAGACAAGGUUCUUUACGCAGAGGCAAGGUUCCUGACGGCGAGGACAAGGUUCCUGACGGUGAGGACAAGGUUCCUGACGCUGAGGACAAGGUUCCUGACAGUGAGGACAAGGUUCUUGAUUGUGAGGACAAGGUUUCUGACGCUGAGGACAAGGUUUCUGACACUGACGACAAGGUUCCUGAGGGUGAGUACAAGGUUCCUGACGGUGAGGACAAGGUUCCUGACGGUAAGGACAAGGUUCCUGACGCUGAGAACAAGGUUUCUGACAUUGAGAACAAGGUUUCUGAAAUUGAGGACAAAGUUCCUGACAUUAAUGACAAGGUUCCUGACGGUGAGGAGAAGGUUCCUGACGGUGAGGACAAGGUUCCUGACGCUGAGUACAAGGUUUCUGACAGUGAGGAGAAGGUCCCUGACGGUGAGGGCAAGGUUCCUGACGGUGAGGACGAGGUUCCUGACAUUAACGACAAGGUUCCUGACAGUGAGGACAGGGUUGCUGACGCUGAGGACAAAGUUCCUGACAUUGAUGACAAGGUUCCUGAGGGUGAGGACAAGCUUCCUGACGGUGAGGACAAGGUUCCUGACGCUGAGUACAAGGUUUCUGACAGUGAGGAGAAGGUCCCUGACGGUGAGGACUAGGUUCCUAACGCUGAGGACAAGGUUCCUGACGCUGAGGACAAGGUUCCUGACGGUGAAGACAAGGUUCCUUACGCUGAGGACAAGGUUCCUGACGGUGAGGACAAGGUUCCUGAGGGUGAGGACAAGGUCGCUGACGGUGAGGACAAGGUUCCUGACGGUGAGGACAAAGUUCCUGACGCUGAGGAGAAGGUUCCUGAUAGUGAGGACAAAUUUUUUGACGGUGAGGACAAGGUUCCUGACGCUUAGGACAAGGUUUCUGACAUUGAGGACAAGGUUCCUGACGCUGGCGACAAGCUUCCUGACAAUGAGGGCAAGGUUGCUAACGCUGAGGACAAGGUUGCUGACAGCGAGGACAAGGUUACUGACGGUGAGGUCAAGGUUCCUGACGGUGAGGACAAGGAUCUUGAAGGUGAGGAGAAGCUUCCUGACGCUGAGCACAAGGAUCUUGACAGUGAGGACAAGGUUCCUGACGCUGACGAGAAGUUUCCUGACAAUGAGGACAAGUUUCCUGACGCUGAGGACAAGGUUCCUGAUGGUGAGGACAAGGUUCCUGACGGUGAGAUCAAGGUUCCUGACGGUAAGGACAAGGAUCUUGACGGUGAGGACAAGGUUCCUGACGCUGAGGACAAGGUUCCUGACAGUGAGGACAAGGUUCCUGACGCUGACGACAACUUUCCUGACACUGAGGAGAAGUUUCUUGACGCUGAGGACAAGGUUGCUGACGGUGAGGACAAGGUUCCUGACGGUGAAAUCAACGUUCCUGACGGUGAGGACAAGGAUCUUGACGGUGAGGACAAGGUUCCUGACGGUGAGGAGAAGGUUCCUGACGCUGAGGACAAGGUUCCUGACGCUAACGACAAGUUUCCUGACACUGAGGACAAGGUUCUGGACGCUGAGGACAAGGUUCGUGACAGUGAGGACAAGGUUCCUGACGGUGAGGACAAUGUCCCUGACGGUGAGGACAAGGUUCCUGACACUGAGGACAAGGUUCCGGACGCUGAGGACAAGGUUCCUGACAGUGAGCGCAAGGGUGCUGACGGUGAUGACAAGGUCCCUGACGGUGAGGACAAGGUUCCUGACGCUGAGGACAAGGUUCCUUACGCUGAGGACAAGGUUGCUGACGGUGAAGACAAGGUUCCUGACGGUGAAGACAAGGUUCCUUACGCAGAGGCAAGGUUCCUGACGGCGAGGACAAGGUUCCUGACGGUGAGGACAAGUUUCCUGACGCUGAGGACAAGGUUCCUGACAGUGAGGACAAGGUUCUUGAUGGUGAGGACAAGGUUUCUGACGCUGAGGACAAGGUUUGUGACACUGACGACAAGGUUCCUGAGGGUGAGGACAAGGUUCCUGACGGUGAGGACAAGGUUCCUGACGGUAAGGACAAGGAUCCUGACGCUGAGAACAAGGUUUCUGACAUUGAGAACAAGGUUUCUGACAUUGAGGACAAGGUUCCUGACGCUGACGACAAGUUUCCUGACACUGAGGACAAGGUUCCUGACGGUGAGGACAAGGUUCCUGACGCUGAGGACAAGGUUCCUGACAGUGAGCACAAGGUUGCUGACGGUGAUGACAAGGUCCCUGGCGGUGAGGACAAGGUUCCUGACGCUGAGGACAAGGUUCCUUACGCUGAGGACAAGGUUCCUGACGGUGAAGACAAGGUUCCUUACGUAGAGGAGAAGGUUCCUGAGGCUGAAGACAAGGUUCCUUAUGCAGGGGACAAUGUUCAUGAGGGUGAGGACAAGGUUACUGACGGUGAGGACAAGGUUCCUGAGGGUGAGGACAAGCUUCCUGAUGCUGAGAACCAGGCUCCUGACGGUGAGGAAAAUGUUACUGACGCUGAGGACAAGGUUCUUGACGGUGAGGACAAGGUUCCUUACGCAGAUGACAAGGUUCCUAACGGUGAGGACGAGGUUCCUGACCCAGAGGACAAGGUUCCUGACAAUGAGGACAAGGUUCCUGACGGUGAAGACAAGGUUCCUUACGCAGAGGACAAGGUUUCUGACGGUGAGGAAAAGGUUCCUGACUUUGAGGACAAGUUUCCUGACGGUGAGGACAAGGUUCCUGACGGUAAGGACAAGGUUCCAUGACGCUGACAACAAGGUUUCCGAGAUUGAGAACAAGGUUCCUGAGGGUGAGGACAAGGUUCCUGACGGUGAGGACAUGGUUCCUGACGGUAAGGACAAGGUUCCUGUCGCUGAGAACAAGGUUUCUGACAUUGAGGACAAGGUUCCUUGAGCUGACGACAAGUUUCGUGACACUGAGGACAAGGUUCCGGACGCCGAGGAGAAGGUUCGUGACCGUGAGGACAAGGUUCCUGACGGUGAGGACAAGGUUUCUGACACUGAGGACAAGGUUCCUGAGGGUGAGAACAAGGUUCCUGACGGUGAGGACAAGGUUCCUGAUGGUGAGGACAAGGUUCCGGACGCUGAUGACAAGGUUCCUGACAGUGAGGACAAGGUUCCUGACGGUGAGGACAAGGUCCCUGACGGUGAGUACAAGGUUCCUGACGAUGAGGACAAGGUUCCUGACAAUGAGGACAAGGUUCCUGACGGUGAUGACAAUGUACCUUACGGAGAGGACAAGGUUCCUGACGGCGAGGACAAGGAUCCUGACCCAGAGGACAAGGUUCCUAACAAUGUGGACAAGGUUCCUGACGGUGAAGACAAAGUUCUUUACGGAGAGGACAAGGUUUAUGACGUUGAGGACAAGGUUCCUGACGGUGAGGACAAGGUUCCUGACGGUGAGGACAAGGUUGCUGACGCUGAGGACAAGGUUCCUGAAACAUAUACUCUUAAUAAACCUAUUAUUAUUAUAUUAUUUAUUAGAAUCUAGUUUUCCGUGAAAUGUCUUUUUUUUUUCGUUGUGAAACGUGAUGCAUACCCCCCUUUCCCUCCCCCUGUUUACUUCCAGAUAUAGCAUGCAGAACCUUAGGUGUGUUUGGUGGUUUGCGAAUCGUCCCACUUAUUGUAGUCAUUCUUUUGGUAUGUUCUUGCCAAACUUCAGAGUGUGUCUCCAAUACUAUAAUAUUCUGCGAAAGAUGGGGGUGGGGGGAGGGUGUUCACAGUGUGUAUAAAAAAAAAACUGAACACAUUUGAAAUUGCUCUCAGUUUCGCAAAACGGCCAUUAGUAUCCAGUUUUUGUUAUACAUAGCUUCUUGGGGUACUUAUAAUGUAGAAUAAUGAAAAAAAUUUCUCGAAGUCAAAUUUUGUAAACCAGAGGGUGGGGGGGGUGUCUUUUCCAACAAACUAAAAAUGGGUUGCACAAGAGUUUUAAAAUAAAGCUUUAAUCGUAUUUUGAGUUAAUGGGUGAAACAUGUGUUGUGUGUUUAAUUGUUGCACGAAAUUUGAAAGAAUUUGCCUCAGUUGAAGCCCUUUAACUAUUCACGCAAAUUUACAUUUCAGUUUCUGAAAAGAUCAGCCUUUUUUGCAUGCUUAAUUAAUGCCUUUGCGUAAUUUGCACAUGUCAGCAAUAUGCAAAUAACCAAUAUAACCAAUACUGAUAUGUUCAAGAUGAAUUUUUUUAGUGUAAUUUCAUGUUUAAAAUAGGCCCGUUCAAAAUUCUGUGAGCGUAUUUUAGGAGUUCAUGCCAAGUCUAACAAUUAAUUUAGCGGCCCUUGCCGAAUUACGUAUGAUGCCGAUGAUCGUGGAAAUCUUAACUUUGGUUAUUAUUUAUUAACUAUUGCAGAGUGUUAAAUUUACUGAUUUCUUGUUAGAUAUAUGUAAUAUUAGCUCUUUGAAGAAUAUUGUAAAACAAUAUUAAAACUCAUGGCGGAAAUAAAUUCAAUUCAAUUCAAUACAAUACCAUUAAAGAGGCUGUCAAGUCCGUUCUGCUCAUGCGUUUGUUUUGUUUACAUUUUUUGUUUCAAACAAUUAAUAGAUAAUUUUAAAAUUCCGAUCUGUGGACCCACAGAUCGGAAUUUUAAAUAAAUUAUCUAUUUUUUGAAAGAAAAAAUGUAAACAAAACACGCGCAUGAGCAGAACGGACUUGACAGCCUCCUUAACUGUAUUAUUAAGUUUGGUUGGCAUCGUCCGGAAGUUGCUGCCUUACAUUAUCGAUCAUUGUCAAUCAAUUUAUUUUAGUUUUAUCUCUAAAGUAGUUACAUAAUAUCUCAUUGGGUAUACCAAACAGUUUGCUUUGCCUAGGAAAUCAACCACUCAGGAAUUGGUUUACCUCCUGCAUCUGAUUCAUGCUGGCUUAGACGUAGGACAUUGUUAUGCAAGAUUAUUCUUUGCCAAUUUUAGGAAAGGCUUCGAUCUCGUUGAUCACAAUUUCAUUGUUGGUGAACUUAGAAACCUCCAAGUCCAUCCGGCUAUUAUUAGAUGGAUUAAAUCCUUUCUUACUGGCCGGGAGCAAAGUGUUAAACUCGCAACGGCAUCUUCUUCCUGCAAGAAAGUUAACGGUGGCCUACCUCAGGGCACUAAACUUGGCCCUAUUCUCUUCGCCAUUCUUACUAACUCCCAUUUGAAAGAUUGGCAGGGGCGGGUAAAGUUCGUUGAUGACACCACACUGUUGGAGAUUGUCCCGCGGUGUUCGCCUAGUGUACUACAUGUCGUUGUUGACGAAAUCUUUAAUUUUGCAUCGAAUCGGGGAAUGGAACUUAAUCCAAACAAGUGUAAGGAAAUGGUUAUAUCUUUCCUUAAAUACAAUCUGCAAUGUGAUAAUGUGAUUCACAUAUCCGGAGUGCCUGUUGAAAAACGGGAGGGGCUUUGA